AUGCCAGUCAUGAAGCACAGAGUAAUGCUUCUGUUGGUGAUGGUUGAAUGCAUCGUCUCAACAUAUGGUGUAAAGGACUCCAAGGAACAUUUUACUAAGCACUGGAUUGCUAAGUUUAAGUCAUUCUUUGACAAUACUGACCCCAAUGGAGAUGGAAUAGUCACUAAAGAGGAAUACAUCGAUGCAACAGCAAAGCGAGCUGGAAAGGUCUUGGAAUCCUGGCGAGCGAAGGCCGUAUAUGGUAUUAUGUCCGAACUGUAUCUCUAUUGGUGGUCUAACACAAAUACAAACUAUAAGACAUCCAUGACAUUCGAGGAAUGGCUUCCAGCUAUCGAGAAGGAGCUCGGUAAUUCAAGCGAAGAGGUCUUCCGGGACUCCUGGGAUUGGUUUCACACAUUUGACCUCGACUGCGAUGCCAGGCUGACUUUAGAUGAGUAUUCAAACUUCCUUUUUGUAAUCCACAACACGGCCUCUGUUCAAGACAUAUUUAAAGUUAUUGACCAUGAUGCGAAUGGUAUUCUUGAUGGCGAAGAAUUCACAAACGCAUUCCGUCAUGCAUUUUUUGAUCAAAAUGCCAGUCCCGAUGAAAUUAUAUUUGGCUCCUGA